GUUACCGCUCAUGGAAGGUGUAACUUUACUUUUUUUUCUCCUUCUUGUAGUUAUAUUGGAUGGAUUUUCCUGUGUGCAAACUAGUGCUGUGUAUUCAGGUAUUCAUUGCAUUGAGAGAGAAAAAAAUGCUCUUAUCAAGUUCAGGCAAGGUUUCAAGAAUCCAUCACGAAGCAUGUUGUCUUGGAUGCUCGAGGAGAACUGCUGCAGGUGGGAAGGUGUUGAAUGCGACAACACAACCGGGCACGUGAUCACUCUUGAUCUGCACAAGCAAUUCUUGCAAGGUGAGUUCGGGAUUUCUUUGCUUGGCUUGACUCAUUUAAGACACUUAGACCUGAGCCAAAAUGAUUUCCGCGGGGCACGGAUUCCUGAGUUUAUUUCCACUUUCAAGAACCUGGAAUAUCUCAAUUUGUCGAAAACCAAUUUUAGAGGAACAAUUCCUGAACAUCUUGGGAAUCUGUCACGCCUGCAGUUUCUUGAUCUCAGUGGGGAUUCUUCACUCCAGGUCAAUAACCUUCAAUGGUUUCAGCACCUCUUCUCUAUGAAGACUCUUGACUUGAGUCGUGUUGACAUGAGCAGAGCGAAAAACUGGCUGCACGACAUCAAUUUGCUAACUUCUCUCUUAGAAUUACGUAUGUCUGCUUGUCAGCUUGCUACGCUUCCAAAAUCGCUUCCCGCUUUUGUGAAUUUCACAUCCCUUCGAUUUCUUGACCUCUCAUUGAACUAUUUCAAUUCUUCAAUUCCUAGCUGGUUGUUUAAUACCAGCCACAGUCUUGUUUAUCUUAAUCUCACAAGAAGUGAGCUGGGUGGUUUACUUCCAAAUGCCCUUGGAAACAUGCAUUCACUUAGAAUUCUUGAUCUUUCUGGGAACCCUGUCAACAAUCGACAUUACCCUUUUGAGUCCCCACUAAACUGGUUUACGGGCAAUUUACCAUCAGCCCUGCCAUCAAAGCUGGAAUAUUUGGAUGUUUCUAAUAAUUAUCUGGAGGGUCCUUUAGCAAAAAGCAUUGCACAACUUAGGCAAUUAGUUGUCCUCAAAGUUGCUGGGAACUCUUUCAAUGACUCGAUUACAGAACAUUUCUUAAAUUUCAGUGACUUGAGAGUGUUAGACUUGUCAUCCAACUCAUUUAUCCUCAAUGUAAGCGCAACUUGGAUGCCUCGUUUUCAACUUGACUUUCUAAGCCUGCAAUCUUGCCGACUUGGUACACAGUUUCCCCAGUGGAUUCAGACACAAAAGAAGUUGUCAUUUAUUGAUAUCUCUAACGCUAUGAUCUCAGGUGAAGUGCCUGAUUGGUUCUGGAAUCUUUCUGCGAAGGCUUAUCACAUAGACCUUUCGCAAAACAAUUUCAGAGGGGAAGUGCCUGAAUUCACAGAAAGAGUUCAUCUUACUAAAUUGGACCUGAGUGAAAAUAAUUUUCAUGGUCCUUUGCCUCAUUUUUCACCCAAGAUGAUGACCUUGAUUUUGGCAAAGAAUCUCUUUAAUGGUACAAUUGCCCCUGUAUGUGAAUCACUUGUCAUGAAUAAUUCUCUCGGUCUUCUAGACCUAUCUUCAAAUUCACUAUCAGGACAACUUUCAGACUGUUGGAGAUCUGGGAAGAAUCUGGAAGGAUUGAAUUUAGCCCAUAAUAACCUAUCCGGGGUGAUACCUCAUUCAAUUGGAGAUCUUGCUGAACUCUUCUAUCUGAAAUUGCAGGACAACUUUUUCUCCAAAAAUCUACCUUCAUCAUUGAAGAAGAUAACUGGACUAAAAAUUCUUGAUGUUUCUGAAAAUAGUUUAUCGGGAAAUAUACCUCUUUGGUUAGGGGAGAGUUUAAAUACUCUAAUGAUUCUUAAAUUAAGCAGAAACAAGUUUGACGGAAAUAUUCCCUGGCAGAUUUGCCAGCUGAAAUACUUGUAUAUGUUGGACCUUAGUUCCAACGCUCUAUCAGGAACUAUUCCAAGGUGUCUUGAAAAUCUCCACACCAUGUCCGGGGUAGAGCAGGCUCCUUCCUUUACUUAUGGACCCUAUGCAGAUUACAGAACUUAUGGCACGUUCGUUAUUAAAGGGCGGUCUUUGAUGUUCGAUCUUUCCAUGCCCUUGAUAAUAAUUGAUCUAGCGGAGAACCAUUUAUCAGGGGAAAUUCCCAAGGAAAUCACCAGCCUUUCUGCACUGGUCUGUCUGAAUUUAUCAAGGAAUAAUUUCACAGGAGCAAUUCCACAUGAUAUUGGCAACUUGCAAGAUUUGGAAUCUCUCGAUCUUUCCAGGAACAAGCUGUCAUGCUCCUUUCCUCCCAGUAUUGCAGAACUUGUCUCUCUUGCGGUUGCGAAUUUUUCUUUCAAUGAUUUGACAGGAAAAAUUCCAGAGGAAAAACAAUUCGCAACUUACGAGGAUAGUUCUUAUGUUGGGAAUCCAAACUUGUGCGGAUUCCCACUCUCACGAGUCUGCUCGGAUCAUUUACUUGAGGACAUGACUCACUGUAAUAAUGAGGAAAUGCAUGCCGUUCAACACGGAGAAAACAACAACUGGCUCGACGAAUUGUCGUUCUACAUUAGCAUGGGAAUUGGAUUCAAUACAGCUUUCUGGGUAUUUUGGGCUACUCUAAUGUUGAAAAAGUCUUGGAGAUAUGCCUAUAUGAGGUGCCUGGAUAACAUGGGCAACAAGAUUUAUGUGUUUGCUGCCAUCAGAUUGAAAAAUAACAAGCAGCAAAAAAGGUGAGCAAGAGAAACCAUCAAAAAGAUUGAAGUUUGUCCAAAUCGAGCUACUCCUUUUACCUUUCUGUAUCUUUUCUUAUAUUCGGUUUUGUAAAAUCUUCUUACGUAUUAUGUUUGUGUGUAUGCUUAGUUGCAUAUUUUCCUUUACUUUCUUCAUUUUCUUUUAUAAUAUUUCGGCUUGUGCAAUGAAAGUAGCUUGACACUUCCAGUUUUAAUGAAUCAAA